AUGUCUGAUAGCCCAAAGGAUCCUUCGACUGAAAAGCCCAUCGAAACCAUUCAUUUGGAGAAAGGCGACGAUGCUUCCUUGACGUCGUCGAAGGCCGAAGGGCUUGAACCUCAGGGAGAAGAGCCAGAUUGGUCUCCAGAGGAGGAGAGCGCACUGGUUAAGAAGCUAGACUUCCGUGUCUUCCCCAUGCUGUGUACAGUUUUUGGUCUCAGCUUGCUCGACCGGACCAAUAUUAGUACUGCUUAUAUUGCCGGCCUGGCUGAAGACCUCGACCUCCACAUAGGAUCUCGUUACUCUAUCGCCUUGCUGGUGUUUUUUGUGGGGUACGCGAUCUUUGAGCUGCCUAGCAACUGGAUAAUACGCAGACUUGGAGCUCAACUCUGGCUCAGUUUUCUGAUCAUUUCUUGGGGUCUUGUCGUUCUCUGUACUGGAUUCGUUCAAUCUUGGAAGACUUUGACGGUCUGCAGAGCGUUGCUGGGGAUAUUCGAAGCUGGGUUGUUCCCGGGAGCAGUGUACAUCAUCGGUUCCUGGUAUCGUCAAUACGAGACUGCAAGGCGCGUGUCCCUGUUCUACAUGGCAUCCUUGUUGGCAUCUGGCUUUGGUCCAAUUCUCGCGUACGCACUGUCUCUAAUCAGGGUCGGCAAUGGUGAUUUCCGCCGAGGCUGGCGAUGGAUCUUCAUCAUUGAAGGCAUCUUCACUGUUGUGGCUGGUCUUGUCGCGCCCCUCUUUCUUGUCGAAUUUCCUGAGAGAGCUAAGUGGCUUACACCUCGACAAAAGCAUAUAGCCUCUGCCAGGCUGGUGACCGACAAGAAGUCCAAGGAGUAUGUCCAUCCCACGCUUAAAGAGAGUAUGAAGAUGCUGCUGGAUUGGAAGCUCCUCAUCUACUCUCUGCAAUAUUUUGUCUGUGCAUCCUCGGUCUAUUCGCUGGCGUACUUCAAGCCCAUCAUUCUGAGACAGGGAAUGGGCUUUAGUUAUGCGAUGUCGCAGGUUUUGGCAUCGCCACCAUAUGUCUUUGCCAUUAUCAUGUCACUGAUCAUGGCUUGGGUGUCUGACAAAUACCGAACGCGCUGGACCGUGCUAUGUGCGCAGUCUUUCACAGCCGUUGUGGGCCUCUUGAUCGUGCUGUACGCAGAGGCACCCGGUGUUCGGUACUUCGGACUUUACCUUGCUAUCUUUGGCACGCAAGCCAAUGUCCCCGGAACGCUAUCGUACGGCCAGAGCAACACUGCUGAGAUAAGGAAGAAGGGUGUUGUGGCUGCCGCCAUGAUCAGCGUAGGUGCAGCGGGAGGAAUAUGCGGGAGUACGAUUUUCAAAUCGAGUGAUGCACCGAGAUAUAUACCGGGUAUGUGGGCCACCAUUGCUAUGCAAUUGGCGUACUCGGUUUCCACGUUCGGGCUCAGCAUGUAUUUGAAGCGACAAAACAGACUUGCCGACGAGGGGAAACGACCAGCAUUGGAGAAUGUCGAAGGUUUUCGAUACGCGCCCUGA